CUUAAACGUGAGCUUUACUCUCUGCAACAAAACACCACCUCUAUCCAUGAGUAUUACAACCAUAUCAAACAAAUAUGGGAUGAAUUAAGCCAUCUUCAAAACAACACUGACCUCAAGGAUUUGCAAAAACAAGUGGACGAUGAACACGUCUUCCAUUUUCUUCUUGGCCUAAAUGAUUCUUUGGCCCAACUCAGAACCCAAAUCCUAGCUAUGGAACCCCUUCCCCACAUUACAAAAGUUUUUUCUAUCUUAUUUCAGGAAGAGCAGCAACGCCUCCUGCACAUCCGCUCACUGCCGACGGAAUCCAUGGCCUUUGCAACAACCAACUUCGGCACCACCCGAAGUCAUCUCCGUUGCACUGAAUGUGGCAAAACGGGUCACACCCGUGACCGAUGUUGGAGAGUUAUUGGUUACCCAUUAGGCCGCGACCCACGCUCCAAGCCACGCCCAUCUCUACUCGGCAAACCACCGUCUGGCUUGGCUCCAGUUGCAAAUCAAGCCUCUUUCUCCUCAGACCCUUCGCCAGUAUUGGGAUUGACGCCGGAGCUCUACCAAAAAUUGCUGGACUUGCUCACCCCGACACCCCCUUCCUCCAAUUUUGUCGGACUCACAGUCGACGAGGCUGAUUGGAGUGGGUGAUUUUUGCAAUGGGCUUUAUGUGUACCGGUCCAACAAUGUUCUAGCUCUCUCCGUACAAUCCACUGCUAAUAAAGACUUAUGGCAUCGAUGCCUAGGUCAUCCUUCACGUCUUCUUAUUCCUCAAUUAUUUAAUAAUUCUCAUGUUAUUUCAAAUUGUGAUGUUUGUGCUCGUUCUAAGCACACACGUUUGCCUUUUUCCUCUAGUGAUAAUAAAAGUUCUUUUGCUUUCAAUAGAAUUUUUUGUGACAUUUGGGGUGGCUACCAUACUUCUUCCAUUUGUGGUUCUCAUUAUUUUCUCACUAUAGUCGAUGAUUUUUCCUGCACCACUUGGAUCUAUCUUAUGCGUUAUAAAUAAAAGGCAUAUACAAAUUUCAUACAUUUUUUUGCCCUUGUUCAAACUCAGUUCAAUACCACAGUAAAAAAAAUUCACACUGAUAAUGGACAAGAAUUUCUUUCG